GUGACGUCGAAUGUUGUUGGCCAUGAUGGCGUCGUCCACAGAGCAGAGUCUCCUGGAUCUUACUGAUAAGGAAACUCGGGAGAAACUGUCCCACUGGGACCGUCGAGCAGAUCCAAUGGCUCCGUUAACGGACAAACAGACGGACUCGAUUCUCGAGAUCCGCGCAGCCGCAGAAGUCUCGCUUCUUCCAGCUGAGCUGCCCAUCGAGGACAUCUGCAGUCUGACGUCUCGUUCUCUGCGCUCGACGUUCACAGCGACUCUGCCCGAGUCCACGGAGGAGGUGCUUCUGCAGGGCUUUCAGAUGCUGGAGCUGCAGAACGACAGGAUCGAGACGGCUCAGCAGUUUUUUUCCUGGUUCUCAAAGCUGCAGGUUCAGAUGGAUCAAGACGAAGCUUCUAAGUACAGGAAGACCCGAGAUGUUCUGAACGGUUAUCAGGAGCAGUGCGACGCCAUACUGAACGACGUGAACACUGCGCUGGAGCAUUUGGAUUCUCUGCAGAAGCAGUACCUCUUUGUGUCCACAAAAACAGGAACGCUUCAUGAGGCCUGUGAACAGCUGCUAAAGGAGCAGUCAGAGCUGGUGGAUCUGGCUGAGAGCAUCCAAGAGAAACUGUCGUACUUUAAUGAACUGGAAAACAUAAACACGAAACUAAACUCCCCGACAUUAUCGGUGAACGGUGAAGGAUUCAUCCCGAUGCUUUCCAAAUUAGACGAAUGCAUAGAAUACGUCUCAUCACAUCCCAAUUUUAAAGACUACCCAGUGUAUCUCACCAAAUUCAAGCAGUGUCUGUCCAAAGCCAUGCACCUGAUCAAGAGCCACACGGUCAGCACCCUGCAGAACCUCACGGCUCAGCUGACCAAACGGGACCCGCUGGGCGCUCCAAAUGCAGACAACGCCUUCACGCUCUAUUAUGUGAAGUUCAGAGCAGCCGCACCCAAAGUUCGGAGGCUGAUUGAACAAGUUGAACAGCGGUCUGACAAAAUCCCAGAGUAUCAGCAGCUGCUGGAUGAGAUUCAUCAGUGUUAUCUGGACCAGAGGGACGUUCUGCUCAGUCCCAGUAUAAACUCCACCAUCACAGAUCUCACCAGCCAGAACAACAAGGAUCACUGCGCUCUGGUGCGCAGCGGCUGUGCGUUCAUGGUCCACGUGUGUCAGGACGAGCAUCAGCUUUACAACGAGUUCUUCUCCAAACCCACGUCCAAACUGGAUGAGCUUUUGGAGAAGCUCUGCGUGUCUCUGUAUGACGUCUUGAGGCCUCUGAUCAUCCAUGUGGUCCAUCUGGAGACGUUGUCUGAGCUCUGUGGGAUCCUGAAGAACGAGAUGCUGGAGGAUCACGUCCAAAACAACGUGGUCCAGCUGGCAGCGUUUGACGCUGUGGUGAAGCAGAUGCUGGAGGACGUGCAGGAGCGUUUGGUCUACAGGACGCACAUCUACAUCCAGACGGACAUCAUCGGAUACAAGCCUGCUCCGGGAGACCUGGCCUACCCCGACAAACUUGAGAUGAUGGAGAAAAUCGCUCAGAGUCUGAAAGAGGAGCAGAUGAAGUUGACCUCGAACAACUCUUUCUCUGACGUGCAGCUGGAGGAGUCUGAUAAUAAGAAGCUCAUGAGCUCUGAUUCGCGCUUACAGAGCACAGUUUCUCCAGCAGAUCUUCACGGCAUGUGGUAUCCCACCGUCAGACGGACGCUCGUGUGUCUCUCCAAACUCUACCGCUGCAUAGACAGGGCGGUGUUUCAGGGUCUGUCACAGGAAGCUCUGUCUGCCUGCAUCCAGUCUCUCCUCAAAGCCUCUGAUGUCAUUCAGAAGAACAAGACUCAAAUAGACGGGCAGCUCUUCCUUAUCAAACAUCUCCUUAUCAUGCGCGAGCAGAUCGCUCCGUUCCACGCCGACUUCGCCAUUAAGGAGAUCUCUCUGGAUCUGAAGAAAACCAGAGAUGCCGCUUUCAAAAUCCUCAACCCCAAGGCUGUGCCCAAUUUCUUCCGCCUGAACAGCCAUAACGCCAUCCUUGAGUUUCUACUGGAGGGUACGCCGGAGAUAAAAGAGCACUACAUCGACUCCAAGAAAGACGUGGAUCGGCACCUGAAGUCCAGCUGCGAGCAGUUCAUACAGCAGCAGACGCACAUGUUUGUGGGAAACCUGGAGGAUUUUCUCACCAAGGUAGGAGCUUUAAAAACGAUGGCUGUUCAAGGAGGACCGACGUACAAUCUUUCGCAGCAACCCUGGGCUCAGCCACCCAAAAUUAAUGACAUAGUGAUGGCCACCUAUCGCAUCCUGAAAAACAAGCUGCCCGGGACGUUACAGAGCAUGUCUUUAUAUCUGGCCAAUAAAGACACAGAGUUCAUCCUGUUCAAGCCCGUCAGGAACAACAUCCAGCAGGUUUUCCAGAGACUGCAUGCGUUUCUGCAGGAGGAGUACAGCGGUGAAGAUCUCCAGAUCAUCGCAUGUCCAUCCAUGGAACAGAUCAAUCUGCUGCUGUCUGUGAAAUAACACUGAACUGAAAGUGAAUAAAGUUCUUCCAUCCUCAGACAACAUCAGCAUUGGGAAAAGAGUUCCCUACGAAGGCUUUAUCCCAAACCUUCCAGAAGAUUCUGGAAAUGAACUCGUCUUUAUAUCUAAAGACAGUACGCGACCCAUUCUGAGCCCUGAACACACUAAAGACGCUCCGCUGCAGGUGCUGGAUCCGGUUCUUCUGUUUAGCAUUGAUACGAAAUCAAUUUGUACAGAUAGAAAUUACACGAGGACGGGAAACUGCAUCUGUGUGGUGGGGUGGAUAUCGGUCUGUAUGUACAUACAUUAUCCAGUAGGGGGCGCUGUGUGUUUAAAGCCGAUUUCUCAAGGGUGAAAGAGCAGAACUAGAUGGAUAUGAGGGCAAAUAACUGUAAAGGUGAAGGAAAUGAUGUGCAUAACAUAUUUAUUAUUUUUAAAGAAAUGUUUCAGUGAGAAACGUGAAUUGUGUUAUUUAGUCACGCUCAUGUCAUUUAAAGGGACAUUUCACCCAAAAUGACCAUUUUUGCCAUUAUUUACACAUUUAAACAUCAUUUAAUGUCAUUCCAAAGCUGUUUGCAAAAACUGAGCACAAAAGAAGAUAUUGUGAUCACCAAAUCACUUUCAGCUCCCAUUGACUUCCAUUAUAGUUUUUGGCCACACAGUGGAAGUCAGUGCUAUGGAAGCCUGUUUCUGCCAUUAAAAUAAAAAAUAAAGGAAAAAGUUUAAAAAAGAUCUCACAAUUCUGACUUUUUUUCUCAGAAUUGUGAGAUAUAAACUUGCAAUUCUGAGAAAUAGUCACAAUUGCAUGAUAUAAACUCACAAUUGCAAGUUAUAAAGUCAGAAUUGUGUGAUAUAAAGUGAUAAUUUUGAGAAAUAAAGACAGAUUUGUGUGAUAUAAACUGGCAAUUGUGAGUUAAGUCAAAAUUCUGAGAUAUAAAGUUGUAAUUUUAAGAAAUAAAGUAAAAAUUCUGAGACAUUAAGUCUUAAUUUUGAGAAAUAAAGCCAGAAUUGUGUGAUAUAAACUGGCAAUUGCGAGUUAAGUCAGAAUUCUGAGAUAUAAAGUUGUAAUUUUGAGAUAUAAAGUUAUAAUUGUGAAAAAUAAAGUAAGAAUUGUGAGAUAUCAAGUCAAAAUUCUGAGAUAUAAACUGACAAUUGCGAGUUAAAGAAGUCCACUUCCAAAACAAAGAUUCACAUAUAAUGUACUCACCCCCUUGUCAUCCAAGAUGUUCAUGUCUUUCUUUCUUCAGUCGUAAAGAAAUUAUGUUUUUUGAGGAAAACAUUUCUGCAUUUUUUUUCCAUAUAAUGGACUGAUAUGGUGCCCCGAUUUUGAACUUCCAAAAUGCAGUUUAAAUGCGGCUUCAAACAAUCACAAUGCAGUUGUAAACAAUCCCAGCCGAGAAAUAAGGAUCUUAUCCAGUGAAACGAUCUGUUAUAUUAAUAAAAAUAAUACAAUUCAUAUACUUUUUAAUGCGAAACGCUCAUCUUGUCUUACUCUGCCUGAACUGUUUUUGUUCUGGCUCAUGUCAGUUAGUGUAUGUUGAAAAACUCCCAUCUCAUGUUCUCCCUCAACUUCAAAAUCGUCCUAUAUCACUGUUUUACCUUUUUUGUUAAGGGUGUUUGAUCUUCUUUGCAUGUUCACUUUGCAAAGACUGUGUCAGUACUUCUGCAGCGAUGUAGGAUGAUUUAGAAAUUAUUUUUGAAGUACACAGAGUUCAGGAAGAGUAAGACAAGAUGAGCAUUUAAAUUAAAAAAGUAUUUAAAUUUGUAUUUUUUUUAUGAAAAUAACCAAUCGUUUCGCUAGAUAAGACCCUUCUUCCUCGG